GUCAACGGUACGCAGACUAAAUUAACUCAUCAGGCAGGCAGAGAUAUCGACCGCCUGUGGCUUUAAAAUAAGUAGUGGUCAGCCAGCAUAAAAAUUUUUAUUCUAAACAUAUGUAGAUACAUACAGACAAUUCACGUGAAUUCGCAAAGUGUGGGACAGAUGUGGUGUUAAAGUGAAGAUAAAAAAUUCUAAAACUUGUACAAAAGUCUUUGUGUGUGGUGAAUUACAUUUUUAAAAUCAGAUUGCAGUACAAGUGUUGGUUGCUCACAACGAAUAAAGAUGAAACAACUCAAGUUGGCAAUAUGGUUGGUGUUAUUGCUUCAGCAAGAGUGGAUCACUCUAUCCACAGCAGCGCAGCAACAGGCCCCCUCAAAUAGUCAAUCAUCCAUCGUACAAUUGUACGAUUCGAAUCGUGGAGAGGCAGCUGCGCCACCAUCAGAAAGCGCAUUGGGUUCAAUAUACCGCAAAAGUCGCCAAUCGAGAUGUGUUCGGUGCUAUGAAGAACGCAACGGUGAUGAUCGCAGUCGUUACUAUGGCAGUGGCGGCUAUUCUAGUCGCUCAGCAGACAAUUGGUACUACCCAUAUGAACGCUACGAUGAUCGUUAUCGUUCAGAAGAUCGUUAUCGCUCCGAUGAUCGUUAUCGCUCCGAUGAUCGCUAUCGGCCCGACUAUGACCGAUAUUCCUCUUCCUACUCGGCGGGAUCUUCAUAUUAUCGCGACAGAGACGAUCGUUUAGGGUCGAAAACCUAUGAUCGCUAUGAUGGACGCGGAUACGAUCGCUACGAUCGCCGAGGCGGUUAUGAUCAGGAGCGUAUCGGUGAUUAUUAUCGUGAUCGUUAUUAUGAGCGUCCACGUGGCGGCAGCUACGAUCGUGACUACCCCGAUCGUUCCUCUUCAUCGCGCUAUGAUUAUCGCAAUUAUCGACCUUGGGAUGAAACCUACAGAGGGCAGUCGGGUUUCGACAAUUCCGGGCGUGGCUAUUAUUUCGCAGGCGAAAAUAGCGAUCGCAGCCGCUAUCCGUCCAAAUCUGUCUACGAUCAGCGUCGCUUUUCGUCGCCCUGUGGCGUACAAGUCACCGACUGCCCCUAUGCUGCCGGCGGUAGCAGCGGCGGUGGCUACAGUGGUACAACGCAAGUUACCUCACGUCCCAUAACUAGCCAGCAUGGAUAUGAUUAUGGUUAUAGAUAUGGCAUGGAAAGUAGUGGUGAUAGCAGAAGCGGAAGCGGCGCUGGCGCUGCGACGCGCAACACAAGUACCAAUAAUAGCAAUAAUUCCAGCAGUACCCAGGGCUGGAAUUAUGUAGACGAACGUGAUAAAGAGUCAAACAUGCGGGGAAACAGUAGGGAUGGGGAGAGAGGUCGUGAACGGGAGCGAGACAGGGAUCAGCAGAGCAAUUCCUACAGUGGCAGACCAGCACGCCCAUUAGGCGGCAGCUACCUCUUCGACCGGGACUCGAAUGCCGUAGGAGAUGACAAGACGACAAACAAUGCAGCAGAUAAAGGUAUCAGUGGUGGCAAUGCCGAUGGCAUCAGCAAUAUUUCAUCGUCAACGAGUGCAGGACAAAACAGAGACAUGAAUAAUGGUAAUGGUGGUGGUGGCGAUAAUGGCAAUGGCAUUAGCGGCGGCUCGAAUUCAAUGCAAAUGCAAGCAAACGUCAAGGACAAGCAAUGAACAGAUCAUCAAAUGUAUUAAGUGUUGAGAAAGUCAGCAAUUUUCAUAAUUUUUUUUUAUUAUUUUAUAACAUCACAAAA